CUCUAUUGCCUCUAUUGCCUCUAUUGCCUCUAUUGUCCAAAUUUUUACUCGCCAAUCCUAAAGUUACCUUUGUCUUCCGGCCGGUAUUCAAGUGUAUCUAUCGCUUUCAAAUUACUUCCCGUCGAUCGCCUGGUGCCGUCCCGAAAGAAGUCCUUGUCUAUUACCAACUCAUUCGCUUGUGUAUUCUGUCACUUCUGUCCCAAGAAGGGAAAUAAAAGUUCUGAACCGUAUCCUCGGGUCACGUACAAACGUGCACAUCAUCUGACGGAUCACCACCUCCCUUUGUACAUCUCUCCACCUUAGAUGUCGAUCCGUUCCCCUCGUUCUUCGAGAGGCUUUAUGCAAUUGGGUGCCUCACGACCUGAAAUGGACAACGAGAUCCCCUUGACUCAAGUUCGGAGCAAUGCCAGCUCGACUGGCGCUAGAAAGCCCAACCAAGGCAAUGUAUCCGGCUUCAGUCCAGAAAGUCAGAACUCUCCCGACGAGAAUGAGAAGCAUGGCUUCUUCCACCGUGGUCGGAGGAGAGCUAAGGUACAAGAGCCUACCGGGGAUGAUACCCUAGCUACUGAGGGGACGUCCCUCAACGCCAUGGGAAAGCUCUACAAUAAGGUCAUUCAUGCUUCCGUCGUCACACGAUAUCUCGUGUAUAUCGUUCCCAUAGCUUUGCUAUUGGCUAUUCCUCUCAUUACUAUCCCAGCAACAGGCAACAAAGACACCAUUCUAGUCGGUCAUGGCCCACGAACCAAUGCAGAAUCCGAGACCCCCGCCGUGUAUUCGCCUGGACCACAGCUAUUCGACCUUUUCCUCUGGAUAGAACUAGCGUGGCUGAGUUUAUGGGUGGGCAAAGUCGUUGCCCACCUUCUUCCUCCUCUGUUCAUGUUUUUCACAGGAGUUGUCAGUGCAGGAACUCGCAAAUAUGCCGUCGUCAUCCGUGCCCUCGAGAUACCCCUUUCGCUUUUCUUUUGGGCCCUGGCCGACUUCUUCUUGUUCACUGGCUUAAUUAACACCAAGUACAACAACGUUGAAUGGGUUACCGUAAUUCGGAGAAUCCUGGGAGCGCUUUUCGCUUCUUCUGCCGUCUUCCUCGUGGAGAAGGCUAUCAUUCAACUGAUCAGUGUAACAUAUCACCAAAGGUCCUUUGCCAACCGAAUCAAAGACUCCAAACGAGAAGUCCAUCUCCUAGGCUUGAUGUACGAUGCCUCUCGGCAGUUGUUUCCCAUGUACUGCCGAGAGUUUAUCGAAGAGGACGAGCUUAUUAACGAUAGUAUCGAGAUAAUGCUCGCUGGCGGGAAGAAGGGGAGAAAAAACAAGAGGAACGGGGCAGCUACUCCUAUGAGACUGAUUGGAAAUGUUGGUCGCAUUGGCGACAAAGUCACAUCCGUGUUUGGAAACCUCGCCUCUGAGAUUACCGGCAAGCAAGUAUUCAACCCAAACUCUGCCCAUUCGAUAGUCGUAGAGGCCUUAGAGAAAGUUAGGACUUCAGAGGCGCUCGCGAAACGAAUUUGGAUGUCAUUUGUUGUCGAGGGUAACGAGGCCCUCUACGUGGAUGAUAUCAUCGAGGUUCUCGGCCCGGCCCAUCAUGAAGAAGCCGAAGAAUGUUUCGGGGCAAUCGACGCAGAUGGGAACGGGGAUAUCAGCCUCGAUGAAAUGAUUAGGAAGGUGAUUGAGACUGGAAAGGAGAGAAAGGCCAUUGGAAACAGCAUGAAGGACAUUAGUCAAGCCUUAGCUGUGUUCGACCAAGUCCUCCUCUUUGUCGUCCUCCUAAUUGUUAUCUUCAUAUUCCUCGCAUUCUUCCAGAGUACGUUUAUUACCACUCUUGCGACUGCCGGCACAGCUUUACUCUCGCUGUCUUUCGUUUUCGCCGUCACUACGCAGGAAUUCUUGGGUUCCUGCAUUUUCCUGUUCGUCAAGCACCCCUACGAUGUUGGAGACAGAGUCGAUAUUGCGGGAUCGGAGAAAGAGCAGUUGGUUGUUGAAAAGAUAUCCCUGCUCUACACUGUCUUCAAUCGCAUCGAUAAGAUGCAGGUCGUCCAGGUGCCAAAUAUUGUCUUGAACAAUCUUUGGAUUGAAAACGUUACCCGCAGUAAAGCCAUGAAGGAAGUCAUCGACAUCAACGUUUCGUAUGAUACAUCUUUUGAGGAUAUCGAGCUUUUGCGGGCUGAGAUGGAGAAGUUUGUGAGGGCGCCUGAGAAUUCGCGAGACUUCCAGCCGGAUAUCUCGAUUGCAGUUGCAGGAGUCGGUGAUUUAGACAAGCUUCAGCUAAAGGUCGCCAUCAAGCACAAGUCGAACUGGCAUAACGACGCUAUCCGCGCCACCCGGCGCUCUAAAUUUAUGUGUGCACUUACCCUCGCCUUGAAAAAGGUGCCUAUCUAUGCGCCUGGUGGAGGUACUGAGGCAUUGGGCGGCCACACGAACCCAACCUAUUCCGUCAGUGUUACAGACAGGGAAGCCGCCGCCGCUCGUGACAAGGCCAACCAAGAAAAAGAAGCUUUACGUUUGGUGCCUUCAGCACCCGCCGUAGACCCUUCGGAAUCUGACAAGUCUGGUGGCCCCUUGGACCGAGAGGCGAAGGCCGCUCAGGGUAUCAACUCUUUGAACCCCGCUACAGCAGUAGCUGAUACCUGGCGGGAUGACGAGAAAGAUGAACCUCGUCACGGGUCGAUGGAACGCCAACGUUCGCAUGAUAUAGAAUCUAUCCGCCUAGACCUCCAUAAGAGAGAGAGUCAGCGCAGCGGUGGCCGUCGCCGGGCAGGCGAGACUUUGCCUCCGCCAUCAUCAGGUGGGAACCCUCCUGGGUUCCAAGUCACCCAACAUAUGGGAGGAUUUGAUGAAGAAGCGCAGGUGGGCGGGCCGAACCCGUACCAUGCUGGCCAGUCUGGAAACUCCUUGCACCCUCAAGCGUCGACGCGCACCAACCGAUCGGGUGGGCGAACCUCGGGUAGCAUGCGAAGAAAUGCGCCAGGUGACUCUCACCAGCAGCGCUAGAGCCGCGGAUAUUCUAUACCUUGACCGAUUCUUUUCUUUUCUCGUUAGUAGACAUCCGUAAAUUAGAUUAUGGAUCUUUGAUUAGGGACGGCGUUUGAAACGGGGUGGAAUGAUGAUACAAUUAAAACGCAUGGAUUCGCUCGGCUGUUGUCAGAAGGGCUCUGGCAGCGUCACGAAGUCUAUAGGUGAUAAGGUGAAGGCCUGUGGAGGGGUUUAUAGACAGUAACGUCGGUGGAGACGUGAAUGAGUGUUAUGAUGAGGACAGAUCACUUGCAGACAGAUCAUAAAUUGUAGAUUACGACGGUCGAUGACAGAACGUGUCUUGGUGGAUUACCUAAACUAGAUAGCCUUAUUGUAUUGAUUACCGUGGUUAAC